AAAUUUCUUUUUUGACCAAUCUUAAAGAGAAAAUCCUCUCUCACAUUAAUUAUUAUCUGAUAGCACAAAAAAUCGCCCAUCUUUGACCCAAGUCUUGUCGACGAAAAACUUUUCUAAAUUGGCCUAGCAUGGCUGACAAACGGCACAUUACGACGGUUUUCAUGGCCACCGACCACCCCACGACGAUUAUAAAACCAGCGACAAACGCCAGCGGUUGCACCCAACACUCCCAAAGCAACAAAAACCACCACCAUGAGGCGUCAACUCCCACCCCUCGUCCUCCUCCUCCUCCUCCUCCUCGCCGUCCUCCCCCUCUCCGCGCUUGCCGCCGGCGAGUGGAACCCGAUCAAGGACGUGCACGACCCGCACGUCAAGGAGAUUGGGGAGUUCGCGGUCGCUGAGUUCAACAAGGAACCACAGCACGGUGCCGACCUGCAGUUCCAGGACGUUAUCAAGGGGGAGACCCAGGUCGUGUCCGGCAUGAACUACCGGCUGAUCCUCGCGGCGAAGGAUUUGGCGGGGGCAACGGUCAAGAAUUACGAGGCGUGGGUGUGGGAGAAGCCGAGGUUGCACUUCAAGCAGCUCAUGUCUUUCAACCCUGUUAAAGAUGUCUAA